AUGACCUCUAAAGCCUUCAAACUGAAGAGCCUCUCUGAGCAAUUCAGAAACGACUUCAUCAGAGAUGCUGAAGCAAGACUACAUGAGAGCUUAGCCAGAGAAGCUGAGGAGCAAGCCAGAAAGGAAGCAGAAGAAAAAUCUAGGGAAGAGGAAAUUCAAAGACUUAAGGAAGCUGAAGCCAAAGCUCUAGCUGACGCUGCUACUGCUGAGGCUGAAGCAAAAGAUGCUGCUGAAGCUGAAGCUAAAGCCGCUGCUGAAGCUGAAGCUCGUCGUGUUGAAGAAUCUGCAAGCAGGCUUAUGCCAACACUUGAAGAAUACUCUCAUUUGAUUGGUGUUCCUAUUUCUAGUCAAGAUCCAUUUUUUGGUUUGGAGGAAGAUCCCAAAGAUCAAGACAUUCCAAAGGCUACUCACUUGAAAAUGUCAGAGAUCAGGGAUCACAUAACCACAAAAGGAAAAAUGCUUGGUUUGACAGCUAAGUUUAUAAUGAACAAAGCUCAGUAUUUUGCUAGAAUGAGGAGUGUGGAUGCGUUUGAGGCUAGAUUUGCUCUACUUAUCUAUGGAUUGUUCCUCUUUCAUAAUUUUGAUGACUUUGUUGCCAUGGAUGUCAUCAAGGUCUUCUUAAUAGGAAAUCCAGUUCCUACCUUGCUUGCCGAUGCCUAUCAUUUUGUUCAUAUGAGGAAUUCUUAUAGCGGAGGAAUGAUUACGUGUUGCGUGCCUAUGUUGUACAAGUGUUUUAUUUCUCACUUGCCUAGGUCUCAUGCUUUUUGGGAUAUUAAGGAUGGUCUUUUGUGGUCAUAG